AUGGUGAAAGAAUCACCGAGAAAGUGUGGCCGUCGUUGGCUAUAUGGUCACAACUCAAGGACUUGCAAAGGCAAUGGCGGCGAAAAUAGUUCUUUCAGGCUAUUUGGUGCGGAUACAGUGGAAAAUAAAGAACCCGCCAUUGUCAAGAAGAGUCAGAGCUCUGGAGAUCUGCAACAUCUCGUUGGCAAACAUGAUGCUACUGAUUGUGGGUAUUCCUCAGAUAGCCAAAUUAAUUCCAAGAAAAGAACACAAAGAAAGAAGGGAGAUCCAUGGAGAGAGGAGGAGGGACAUCGUUUAUUUUUAGCUGGUUUGGAAAAGAUGGGGAAAGGUGACUGGAUAGGAAUUUCAAAGAAAUUUGUCAAGACUAGAACACGAACCCAGAUUGCUAGCCAUGCCCAGAAUUAUUUUCACAGACUGGCUUUAGAAGAUAAGAGCAAACGAAGAGCAAUUAUCUUCGAUAUCUCCCUAGAACAAUCUGAACCAAACGUUGAAGACUCUUCGCAUGGAACUCCAGAAUCUCUGCCACAAGUUAAUGAAGGAAUGCCAGUUAUGGAAGCGGCUAAUGCAGGAUCAACUCCCAUGCAAUCAGCUACUACAGUCGAAGUUACACAGCAGGCUAGUGAUAAUCCACCAAUUGGAGUGCCGACCCAUUUCCCACUCCUUGCUCUGGGAAAUGAAGGAGGAAGGAUAUUGAUGACCUCACCAUCUCCAUUUGUGGCCGUAAUGAACUAUGGUAUACCUACAAGUUAUGUCCAGCUGGCCCAAAAGCUCACGGAACGUUGGUAGUCAUGGCCGUGCGGGUAUUCAACCAUCGGGUGUCCCUGCCCCAAUCUCAGCUGUGCCUGCAACUUCAGUAUCAUCUUCUACAGGAUCAGACCCUCUGCAGCUAACCCUGACUCGCAGUCAAGCAACACACCCAAAUGACGUCAUCAAUAUGCCCGAUAACAAAUGAUGUCUCCUGAGAUUUUUUUUGUUUUUUUCUUUCUUUCAAUUUCUUAAUUCUUGAACCUUAAUUCAGAUCGUAUUAGAUUACACGAUUGAAAGGCGAGGUUUAUGAAGGUCAAUAACAAGGGUAACUAGGAAUAGACCCAAAACCAUUUGGUGCUUACUAGCUGAUUAGUACAGUUUUGGAGCUCAAUGACAAGGUUAUCUACCAAAGGACCCAGAACCCAUUGGUGCUUACUAGCUGAUGAGUGUAUUUUAGAGGUUAAAGAUGUCAUUUCUUCGUUGACUCGUCAAUUAAUGAAAUGUGAUUCCCAAUUCUGUCC